AUGUCUAUCCUUGGAUUAAAGAAGAAGCAGCCAAAGACUUUCAAAGUAAAAGUCAUUACCAUGGAUGCUGAAAUGGAGUUUAGCUGUGAGGUUAAAUGGAAAGGUAAGGACCUGUUUGAUUUGGUGUGCCGCACAGUCGGGUUGAGGGAAACCUGGUUUUUUGGACUAAGAUACACAGUAAAGGACACUUACGCAUGGUUGAAACAGGAAAAACGGGUUUUGGACCAAGAGGUUCCAAAAGACUCACCCAUAAUGUUUCACUUCUUGGCCAAAUUUUUCCCUGAAAAAGUAGAGGAGGAACUGGUCCAAGAAAUAACACAACACCUCUUCUUUUUACAGGUGAAAAAGCAAAUAUUAGAUGAGGAAAUAUUUUGCUCUCCUGAAGCCUCAGUUUUGUUGGCUUCAUAUGCUGUCCAGGCAAAGUAUGGAGAUUAUGAUCCAAACUUUCACAAGCCCGGGUUCUUGGCACAAGAUGAGUUAUUGCCAAAAAGGGUGUUAAUGCAAUACCAAAUGACAGCUGACAUGUGGGAGGAGAAGAUCACAGCCUGGUACGCUGAGCACAGAGGUAUCGCCAGGGACGAAGCUGAGAUGGAAUAUCUCAAAAUCGCUCAAGACCUGGAGAUGUACGGCGUCAGCUACUUCCACAUUACCCAAAAUAAGAGGGACACAGACUUGUUACUGGGAGUGGAUGCUCAGGGGCUUCACAUCUACAGCCCCAACAACAAACUCAACCCCAACAAGUCCUUCCCGUGGAGCGGAAUCCGAAACAUCUCCUACAGCGAAAAAGAGUUUACGAUCAAACCUUUGGACAAAAAGAAAGACGUUUUUAAGUUCUACUCAUCUCAGCUUCGUGUCAACAAGCUUAUCCUUCAGCUGUGCAUCGGGAACCACGACCUAUUUAUGAGGAGGAGGAAGGUGGACUCAAUUGAAGUGCAACAGAUGAAGGCUCAGGCUAAAGAGGAGAAGGCCCGUAAGAAGAUGGAGCGCCAGAUUCUGGCACGGGAAAAACAGAUGAGAGAAGAAGCAGAACGUGCAAAAGAGGAGAUGGAGCGAAGACUUUUUCAGCUGCAGGACGAAGCACGGCUGGCCAAUGAGGCCCUGAUACGAUCUGAAGAAACGGCAGACCUGCUGGCAGAGAAGGCCCAGAUUGCUGAGGAAGAAGCCAAGCUGUUGGCUCACAAGGCCGCCGAAGCAGAACAAGAACGACAGAGGUUGGAGGUCGCUGCCAUGAAGACGAAGGAGGAGAAGAGGCUGAUGGAGCAGAAGAUGAGGGAGGCGGAGCAGCUGGCGGUGAAACUGGUGGAGCAGUCUGAGAGGAGACUGAAAGAGGCUGAUCAUCUGAAGCAGGACCUGACGGAAGCAAAGGAUGCAGAACGAAGAGCCAAACAGAAGCUGCUGGAGAUCACCAAGACGACAUACCCUCUCAUAGCGGCCUACUCCACCCCCCCUGCUCCCCCUGAACCAGCAGACUUUGGCUUCGAACCAGCAGCUGCUCGCCUGGACUUCAAGGACUCCGACAUGAAGAGGUUGUCGAUGGAGAUCGAAAGAGAGAGACUGGAGUACAUGGAGAAGAGCAAACACCUGCAAGACCAGCUGAAGGAGCUGAAGUCAGAGAUCGAAUCUUUGAAGCUGGAGGAGCAGCAGCAGCAGCAACAGCAGCAGCAACAAGCCAACCUGUACAGCCUUCACAGUGAGGCUAGAGGAUACGUGCAGGACCCCCUCUACAUAACUCACAGCAACCGAAACUCUGCCUACAUGUCCCAGAUGGCCUUUUUUGAGGAAGUGUGAUCAAGAUGAGGCAGAAAAAGAAAAGCUGGGCUGUAAUUCAUCCACCCUUGAUUUCACCUGACUGAAUCUGUCUAUAAAACCAGACAGACAUCCUUCAAAAUCAGUUUUUCCUGUUUCUAUAACACAAACAGAACUAAUGCUGAUGUGGUGCUGAAGACGGAUCUAUCAACCGGUUUUUACCUGUUGUGGUUGGUGAGAAAGGAAGAUACAGCUGGUCAAAUGACUGUUUUAAUAUUAACUUACACGUAAAUGCCUUAAUAGAUUAACAAAAAAUUAGACUGAAUUGCAAAUUUUGGAGGAAAAAGGAGAAAAACUGUAAAUUUUGAGACGCUGCAGUGCAGGUUUGAGCGGCAGUGUUGGGUCACCCUCUUGAUAUCACUGAGGGAGCCGAGCCUGAUCAUAUCACCUCACCCAUGUGCAUUUCACUCUUUCAGUCUUUAACGUUGCUUUUUCUAGAUUUGCAUUUUAUACUCCACACUGCUGAUGUGCCUUAAACUUUAUAUUUUGUUACCAUGUUUUGCUUUUUUGUUCUUGCAUGCUUUAGGAUUACAGGAACUCUGGAGUUUAGGUUUUCUUUAUUUCCUGCAGAAUAUUUCACUCCUCAGGUUCAGUCUUUUUCACUGCAGCUAUAAGUUUUCUACCCAAAACUUCAAAUGUUACAUUUUUGCAAAAAAACUAAAUAAACUGUUUGGAGCAAGCAGAGUUUUGCAUUGGGUAAAACAUGUCAAAUUGUUGGAGCUACCUUGGAGAAACUUGAAGUUUUCUGCCAUUUUUAAAAGAAAUACAUCAACCUAAACUGUAUAUUUGCAAAGGGGGAUUUAGCAUCAGGGGCUAAAGAGCGUUUGACACAGAAAGACUUCCUCCCGUUUUUAUAAAAGCCGCAUUUCACCCAGAUUUUUCUUGCAUUCUGUUACAUUUCUCACUGGCCUCUCAAAGGGAGAACAGGGUUCUAAAUGUUCAACCUGAGAAGUCGCAGAGCAGCUUUUUAAGGAGAUUUAACCUAAACCAUGGGACAUUAUUGCCUAUCUUUUUUUAAAAAUAAUAAUUUGCAAAGUUUAUUUACCUUCAGUUUCUACACGUCCAGAAAUGUGUCUAAUUUUUCUCACUUUUAGGGUAAAACCUUUUUUUGUUAUUCUGGAUGACAAAUGCCAUACACUUCUGUGCAGUGUUAAGAAUAUUCUUGCAUGUGAAAGCAUUUGGAGGGUGUUUACAUUAAAAAUGAAAAAAAAAAAAUCCCAUUACUUAGUGGUUUUUGUUUGUAUUAUCAUUUUUGUUUGCGUUCUUUGCCUACAGAUAUAAUGGAAUGACAUUUUUUUGAUGUGUGUUUGCUCUGAAAGACUUGCAUUGGAUAAUAAAAGAGCAUUUCUUUUUAACUGAUGUGAGCCUUAAUCUAUAUAAUGCUACAUACUUAUUCCACAAUAAAAAUAAUGCUCAUUU